ACACCUCGGUCGUCUCCUUAUUUCUUCCUUUUUUCGCCUUUUCGUGGGAUUAUUUUCAACGCUGAAGCUUUUUUUGAGUUUCAUGGCGCCACUGGGGUAAGGAGCAGGGUCCAGAGUCUUCCAGAGAAUGAGGUUUAAUGAGGAAGAGCUAGCGGAGUUCGCCCUCAAUCCUGGCGAUCAUGAGGGAAGGCUCACUCACAAGAGUCCUCCUCGGACAUUAUAUGACACAGCUUAUAAGGAACGAUGGUUCAAGUUGAAAGCCAACUUCCUCUUUUAUUAUCGACUUAAUGAGUUUGGAGGAGUUGAAAAAAAUGAGCCCACUGGUGUGUUUGUGCUGGAAAACAUCGAGGUUCAGCGGGAAGAGGAGGCUAAUCUCCCCUUCGGAUUUGCUAUCAGGUGGAAGGACGAUCCAGACAGAAAGCAGUUGUUCUUUGCACAUUCAGAGGCCAGUGUUCAGUCCUGGAUCGGAAAAAUUUUACACGCAAGUUACGAUCACUUGCGAGCCCAGCUGAUCAUGCUAAGGGUACAGAUCAGAAGGAAAACAGGCAAAGAUCCCCUGGAGCACUAUGGCACCCCCCUACCUCAGCGCGCAGCCAUGGCCCUGUUGCCUCUCCAGUCGGUCUCCCUCCAGGAUCUCUUCAUCUCUCCGUCACCAGCCCACAGUUUCUCCUCGGCGCCGUCUAGUCCCUCCAUGAGCCAUUGUUUGAGCCCCAUGGUCCCUGAGAGUUCUUCCAAGUAUAGUCGCUCGGCCAAGAGUCCCGACUUGAGGCUGCGCAUCCCCAAGAGUCCGUCUCUCAGAGUGCCCACCAGGACUGCUCCCGUUCCGCCCCCGAGGAGGGCCAAGAAGGUUGAGCCGGAGAAUGGAAUACUCCGUGAUCAGCCACACACCCGUGGAAUUGGCCGUACAAGAGCUUCCUUCAAGUGCCACUUAGUUGAGGAAUGCCCAAAGGAACCUCCUCCGAGUCUCCUUGACUGAAAGUGCAACAUGAUGCAAUGUAGAGCAACACAGUGUGGUGGAGUGCAUUUAAAGUAAACAUUGUAUAAUGGUUUUAGCUCCCCAUAGCUCUCCCCUUCCUACCUGUAGUCAUCCACCAAAUAUUUACGGGCAUAAUGGAAUCUCAUCAGUGCGGUGUAGAAGUAUGGGCAGGAGAAAGGUUUUAUUAUUUGAUAAGGUGAUGCCAAGACACCUAGUUCCCUCGUGUGGGAUGAUCCCACACUGGAGGUGAAUCGCUGUUGUGCAGAGGGUUUUUUAUCUUCUUUCUUUUCUUUUUUGAGUUUUAGUUUCAUAGGUAUUGUUUUGAACCCAUUCACAAAAGAGGUAAAAUUUUGAAUAAUUUUUUGGGCAAGACAGGGGGUGGGGGGGUGUUGGCAUAGGCCACUCCAUGCCUGGGAUAUUUCUCGGCUCUUGGUUUGAUUCCCAAGGCAUCUUCCAGAGCUCAUAGGCGUCCCCUAAUGUCUUUUUUUUUUUUUUUUUUUCCCGUGACAUGAUAGGCCAUCACCUGCACAUGAAUGGGUUGAUAAAGAAAAAAAAAUGUAUAUGAAAUAUGCAGCUGAAGAGAUUUUUUUUUAGAUGAUGGUAAGAUAGUAACCCCAGUUUUUAUAGAUGGUUUUUAUAUAGAAAAGGAACCUCCAGCGUGUAAUAGAAAAGAAUAUUUUGAAGUACUAAUCUAUGUCUAGCGUCCAUUUCUGUGAUAUCUUCUUUACCCCCAUAAGUCCGAGCAACAUUUAGACAAGCUUUAAUUUAAAUUCGAUAGAAGUACCUUUGUGAUUUUGAGAGGAAGAGAUGGGGCCGGUGAUUUCGUCAAGAUUUUUAUUGCAUAGCCUCAGUGUUGAAAAUGGACUCGGUGUGAGGUACAACUUCGUUACGGAUUGAAACCUUGAAAGUCUUAGAAUGAACUGAAGGAUUACUUUUAUUUUUACUUUUUUUAGUUUCUAUUAUUAUUUUUAUUUUUUAUUAUUAUUUUUUAUUUUUUGCUUUCUUGUUUUUUUUUAUCACUUGGGAGGAUGGGCAUAGUAUUUGUACAUUAUCAUAGCUCAGUAACUUUACUUAUCACAGCCAUUUACAUUGGAGUUGUAUAUGCAUUAUUCAUUUAGACUUUAAGGUUUCUUAUUUAGCUUUUUGUAUUUUCAUUUUGGUUUGAAGAUUGUUUUCAUGAGCUUUGUAUGUAUAUAAUCAUAUCAGAAUUAUUAUCUCAUGAAUACAGAGUGAAAGAUAAAAGAUACACAUGCACAUACUAUAUACAUAUGCAUGCACAGAUGUAGCUGCACAUUCACAGUGAUCACAUACGCACACAUUUGCACUUGCAUGUUCAGGCAUAUACUACCCAGGAAUACACAUACACAUGCAGAUGAUAUCUCUCUCUCUCUCUCUCUCUCUCUCUCUCUCUCUCUCUCUCUC